UUUUAAAUUCCUUACUAUUGAGGAUGGUUAAUUUUAAUUAAUUCCUUGGAAGUCUGUUCUGGAAGUUUACAUUUGAUGUAAAAUUUCAUUGAAUUGGAACUAAUUUGAAAGCACACACAGUAUGUCAAGUGGUGGGGCAACUAGUGUAGUGACGAUGAAAGCAACCGCAGCUGCAUUCCCACAGUCCAAUUCACAAGCACAAAAACAACAUUCACAAAAUAAUUUACAACCAACAAAUGUGUUUGAUCAACAAAUUCAGUUACAACAGCAACAACAUCAACAACACCAGCAACAUUUGUUACAACAACAACAAUUACAGCACAAUCCAAGUCAGCAUUCUCAAUUGCAUCGACUAUCUCAGCCACAUUUAUCUGCAUCAAUUCAUCCUGUUCAAUCGAUUGCUCAAAAUGUUGUUGCUGCCAGUGGUCAUUCAACUCAUCCAAGUGUCUUUCCAAAUGCUGAAUUUUUUCAAACAUUACAACAAACUGCCGCAGCGGCUGCAUUACCAACUGUAUUACCAUACGAUCAAUCACAAUAUAUUGGUCAAUUAAUGUAUUUUCCUUAUCCCACAGCUGCUGCUGCUGCCGCAAAUGGAUUGUUCAAUACUGGACAAUCAAAUGAUACUACUACUCAUCAUAUGUCGAUUGGUUCGUCUACACCUGGUGGUAGUGGUGCUGGUAAUCAAGCAACAAUUAUUAAUCAAGCAUCGUGUCAUGCUACAGCUGGACAAUUAUUAACUGGUGGACUUGUAUCAGCCACACCUAGCGGAAUGAUGACUUUGAAUAAUGCUACUGGUUCGAAUCAAGUCAAUAAUGCUAAUCAUCUCUUUGCAUCUGGAGCAGGAUUAGUUGGAAUUGGUGGCAGUGGCGUCGGUGGUGCAUCCGGUUCAAAUGCGGUUUCUGUGUCUAGUUCCGCUUCUUUAGCACCUUUAUUUACAACUGCUCAUUUUUAUCCGCACCAUCAUACACAGCAAACUGGUCAACAACCGCCACAACAACAGUUUCAAAUUCAUCAUUCAUUACAACAACCGCAUCAUCCGCAUACAUCUGUACAUAUGCAACAUGUUCAAACACUUACAGGUCAUCCAGGUGUCCAUCUACAACAACAACAACAGUCGACCGCCGCCGUUGCUGCGGCAGCAGCUGCUGCUGCUGCCGCCACUGUUCUGUUGCCAAGCUCCAUAUCGUCAGCAUCACAACUUAAUAUGCUAUCCUCUCAACAAACUCAUCAACCGGUGCAUUCAACUUCACAAAAUCAUUCAAAUCAUAAUAAUAAUAGUAAUAAUAAUAAUAAUAAUGAAAAUUUACAAAAAACUGAAGAAAAAUUACAAUCUACUACACCAGUGCAUACACCACAAAAACAGUCUGAUCAAGAACUAUUAUCCCAGUCUACUCAACUAGGUACACCAUCUCAAGGAAAUAAUAGUAGUUUGGAUGCUAGUUCAACUACAGUGAAACGUGAUAACAAUGGUACAGGACAUUUUGUAUGCGGUGUAUGCGGUCGAGAAUUCGGUAUGCGAUGUCGUCUUAUCGCUCAUACUCGACGUCAUACUGGUGAACGUCCUUUUCCUUGUGCUGAUUGUGGACGAGCUUUUUCAGAUAGAGGAAAUUUACAACGUCAUCGUUAUACUCAUUCAAGUCAACCAAGAUUUCAUUGUACAGUUUGUGGAAAAUCUUUCCGUCAAGCUUCAUGUUUAUCAAAUCAUCGACGUUUUCAUUGUGCUGGAGCUACAGGUCGUCCUUGUCCUUUCUGUCAACGUUCUUUCCGUUCUUCAUCCAGUCUUCAGAUGCAUAUUCGGUGGAAACAUCGUGCUGAUGCUGCGGCCGCUGUAGCAGCAGCUGCGGCCGCCGCUGCAGCUAACGGGUCAUCUUCACUUUCUGAAGCAUUCACACAUUUACCAGGAUUAACAUCAUAUGUUACAACUGCAACAGUUAACGGAAUUCCAACAAUGUCUCUAAAUGGAAGUGAUCUUCAAAAUGAAACCCUCAUGUCUUCCACAUCCCUUGCUUCUUCAAAUGUGAAUAGUAGUAAUGUUUCCAGUCUUAUGGCUCCUAUCACUAGUAAUAAUGGUGGAAGAAUGGAUUCUAUUUUAGGUACAACAACAACGACAACUAAUAUUGGAUCACCGAAUAAAAGGAAAUGGCGUCGAAAAUCUAAACCGAAACAAGCUCAAAAUGCGUUUGGAAAAUUGACCGGUGAUGGAUUGAAUUUAUUAGCUGGGAUUAAUUUAAGUGAAGGCAUCGAUGUUAAUGCUGCUGCAGCUGCUGCUGGAGCGGCGGCUGCUGCUAUCGGUGGUCCAGUUCCAUUAGAUCGUAAAGGUCGUCCAUGUAAUUAUCCUUGUCCUGCUUGUCCACGUCGUUUUGCUUUCCAAUGUCGUCUUGCUGCACAUCUUCGAUGUCAUACUAAUAUUCGUCCAUUUAUUUGUAUUGAUUGUGGUCGUGCAUUCACACAAAGAGGUUAUUUAGUUCGUCAUGCAGCUGUUCAUAAAUUAGAUAGACCAUUUUCAUGUGGAUUAUGUGAUCGAUCCUAUAAACAUUAUGGUUCGUUAGUAAAUCAUCGACGAACUCAUAGUAAAAGUAGUGGUAAUGCAACAAAUCUUGGUAAUUUAAAUCUUUUAUCAAAUUUAGGAACAAUUGCAUCAACUAAUAUUGGGACAUUAUCUAGUUUAGAAGAAGUAGUCAGUGGUGCAUUAGGUCAAUCACAUAAAACUGAUUCAACAUCAGAUACAAUGAAUAAUCAAUCAACUACAACCAUUACAUUAUUACCAGUUAGUAAAGUUGAAGAAAUUUUACCCGGUGAUCUUAAUAGUUCUAUUCAACAAGUAUGCUUAUCAUCAGGCAGUAAUAUAUUAACUGUUUCUGAGGGUCAAGAACAACAGCAACAUAAUUCGGAACAAGUAACAUCUCAUCAGCUUACUGCCACUGCAGUAUGGCCAAUUUUAGCCACAGGUGGUGGCGGUGGCAAUGUUGGUAUUAAUCAUGUUUCACAAGCUCAAUUAAUUCCUUCCUCUAUUGUACAGCAACAAUCAAGGCAAGCUAUGGUUUCUGGUUCACAUUUCUCUACUAUAACGAUCUCACCUACACAAUUAGCUCAACCUAAUCAACCGUCUUCAUCAUCAUCUCAACAACAACAACAACAAUUACCACUUGUAACUGCCCCACGACCACCUCACUUAAGUCAAUCAACCAGUACAACUAUGUUAUCAACUGCUAGUGUAAUAGCUGGUAAUGGUGGUACAUCUGCUCCUACAUUUGUAACUCUUCCUUUAUUCAAUGGUUCAAUACAAAAUAACUUAACAGAAUCUGAUAGAUCUAUUAUUAAUGGUCAGUUAACUCCUCAUUCACAUCAUCAAUUUCAUUGUCCAACAAGUACAUUGUCCGAUUCAUCACAACAACAACAACAUCAUAUUCAAAUUGCACAAACAACGGCAACAUUACAACAACAACAACACAUUCAAGCAAAUAAUUCAACUACACGAGUAAGUGGUGUCGAUUCAAAUAAUAAUAAUAAUAAUAAUAAUACAGCUCCAGUACUACAUGUACUACAACCAUCACCGAGCAUUUUCUUCUCACCCUACUAUCUACCACAUUCGGCAGCAUCUCAAAUGUAGACACAUACUCACACACUUGCAUACAUACAUGAAAGAAACAGUUGAACUUUGGUAGAAUUUAUUCUUGCUAAUACAAAACAUCUAUGUAUCCACUUAUAUAAAUGUAUUUAUAUGCAUGACUAUUUAUAUAUAUAGCUCAAAUAGUGAUGAAACUCACUGGUUUACUACUAACUUUUUUUUCCCAUUUUUAUGUAUGAAAAAGACGUUCCAAUUGUAAUUUAUACUGAUAAUUAGGAUCAUGUUCUCUCUAUUGUCCUCUAUUUUUUUUUCCAAUCAUUUUAUCCCUUGUUUACGUGCGUGUUUGUAUGGAUGUAAAUUUGUGCCAUAUACAUGUGUACAACAAUUACACGCGUACAUUAAUUUAUUUGCUUAUAUUAUAAUUAUUUGUUUAUUCAUUAUUUAAUAAUAAUAAUAAUAAUAAUACUGCUACAAUUGUCUUAUUCCAUAAUGAUCAAUUCGAUUCUCAUCAUUAAAACUACUAAUUAUUAUCUCAUUAUUAUUAUUGUCAGUAUUCAGUAUAAUCAUGAUUAUUAUCAAUUCAUAUGUGAUCUCUGUGUUGUUUUCUUCUCUCUCUCUCUCUCGUUUGUAUGUUUGUUUUACACCUACUUUGCGUUCCUUUCCUCUCUCUCUCUCUCUCUCUCUUACACACAUAUAUAUAAUGGUGUUAGAUAUAAAAAAGAUCAUCAUGUAGAGGAUUUCAGUCAAGUUGUCUUCUGUUUUUUUCUUUUUUGUUCUCUCUAUUUUUAAAGUUGCUUAAUCACAUUGCAUUUCUUUUAACUCAUUGUCUUGUUCAGCUAUUGUUAUUCUCUUUCUCUCUCUCUCUCUAUUUCCUUUCUUGUUUGUAUUCCUAACUGACUGAUUGAUUGAUUGACAAUAAUAAAGACACAUUCAUCAGAGAGAAUAAUUAAUAUAUAUAUAUAUAUGUUUAUCUUUUGUAUAUUUUCAAAGUAUAUUGUAUGAAUGACAUGAAUGUUUAAUUGUUUCCAUUCUUCUCCUUUCUCAUUCACUCAUUUACUGGAUUUGGAUCGCUAUCAUUACUGCUGUCUCUUAUUGUAUUGUAUUGUAUUUCUCUAUUAUUUUUUUUAACAAAUCACUUAUUGUCUAUUGUAUUAUUAUUAUUAUUAUUCUUUGUAUGUCAAUGUGAAUAUGUAUUUGAUUACAUUUUUUAAAAUGGUUAUUCAUACACCAUUCAAUAAUGAGAUGAUCAUCAUCAUUAUCAUCAUGUAACUGGGAGUUUCUUCCAUUUAAUUUUCUUAAAUGAUUAUUAUUUUAAAUGAAUAUGUUUCGUUUUAAUUAUCAAACUAAUCUUAAUCUUACAUACACACACACACACACAUAAAUACAGUUACAUAGAGACAAAGAAGAUGUCAUCAUUGUUUGUUGUGUUUCUUUUAUGAUGUACGAAUGAUAAUUUCUAUCAACAAAAAUGUUUCCCCAAAUAUUUGUUGAUUAUGUGUAUUAUGAUAAUAAUGAUGAUGAUGAUUGUACUUCCAUCAAAUAACCAUAUUAAUAAUAAUCAUAGUAAUAGACAGAGUUGAUUUUAAUAUUCCUUUUAUUUAUUUAUUACACACAACAAUUAGUAUGUGUAAAUAUACGUGGAUCUCUAUGUGUGUGUGUGUGUAAUGUAUGAAUAGUCUCUCUCUCUCUCUGUGUGUGUGUCUUUUCAUUUCUCUUGUAGACCUAUAUAUCUCUAUACGUCUGCAUAUUUUCAAUCGAAACACAUUCUCUUCUUUACCUUGUUAUUGCUUGUUUUGUUUUAAAAAUGAUAAACAUAUAUAAUCUAUGCAUAUAUAUAGAGAGAUAUAUACACCUUUCAUCUAUCUAUCCAUUUCUUUAAAUGCAUUGAAUGUAUUUGUAUGUAUCUAUUUAUUUAUGUAUAAUGUAUUUGUUUCUUCUUUUCUCUUCUCUUCUCUUCUCUUCACUCACUCAUUCAUUCAUUCUCUACCUGCCUCUGUGUCUAUGUGUUUACUUGUGUUUGUGAAUGAGUGAAUAGGUGAAUCAAUAAUGAGUCUCUCUCUCUAUCGUUCAUUCAUAUAGACAUUUUAAUAUGAUCACUACUAUUUAGUAAUGUGUAUAUCAUGUUUAUUGCAAAGUAUUCUUAUUCAUAUUCACAUUAUAAAUACAAUACAAGUAUUAUAACUAUAAUGUAUUGUUAUAAUACUUAUUUGGUAUGAUUAUCAGUAGUAUUUUUAUCAUCAUCAUGUUAACAAUAUUAAUAAUAAUAUUACCUAACAAGCGCAUACAUAAGAUAGAGUAGUUAGUUAGCCCCAAUUCUCUUCAAUGUAGUCUAUUUCACAUGGAUAUAAAAUGAUCAACCAAAUAACAUGGAUAUUACCAACACCACUACUACUACUACUACUACUA